GUUCCACAUCAAUAUUGAUAACGCUGAAUUGCAAAGGGAAUGAAAAACAUUCAAAGCGUAUGAAAAAUUUCCGCUGAAUAGUUGCUGAAUUCAAAUCAAGGGGAAAAAAUAAAAUUCCGGAAACCUUGCGAGCGCUCGUGAAUCAAAUGUAGUAUUUUAAAGCGAUUAAGAUGUCUACAAACACUGAAAAUAUAGUUAAAAAGUGUGAAGUAGUUGUAGAUUCAACGAAUAAUGUACAAGAAAAUCAUAGCAAAUCAUCAAAUACAUUAAAAAGUGUUCGGAAAAAAAUUCGCAAUUUUACAAUUCGAAGAAAAGCUGACGAAAAAUUAAAAAGUGAUGACCAAAACGAUAAUCGCGAAAAAAUUAGCGACGAGACACUAGGCAAAUCAAAAAUUACUUUGAAAAAGAUUUUCCGGAAGUCAUCGUUCAAGAAAUUCAUAAAUAACAUUCAGAAUUUCACAAAUUUUACCACAAAUAAUGCCAAAAAUGAUCGAGUACCACCGAUAAAUAAUUACACAUGGCCACCAGAUUCGAUACCAGGCGUGAUUGGACUACGCAAUCAUGGCAACACUUGUUUCAUGAAUGCGGUACUGCAAUGUUUAAGUCACACCGACAUUCUCGCGGAAUAUUUUGUCCUUGAUCAAUAUAAGGCUGACUUGAGAAAGCGAAAUAAAAUCAACUCAAGGAAAUUCGGUACAAAAGGUGAAUUAACCGAGCAACUUGCGUUGGUACUCAAAGCCUUAUGGACUUGUAAAGAUGCGUCUGAGUAUAGCACUAAUUUUAAGGAAGUUGUGGAACGAUACGGCGCACAAUUUCGCAGUUCCACACAACACGAUGCUCAGGAAUUUCUCUUCUGGUUACUUGAUAAAGUGCAUGAAGAUCUCAACACAGCAAAGCAACGCAAAUAUAAAUCAAUCAAAAAUAAUUAUGGACGACCUGAUGAGGUCAUUGCUGCUGAAACUUUGGCCAAUUACAUGAGAUGCAAUAAUUCAUUUGUGCAAGCUGUUUUCAGAGCUCAAUUUCGUAGUUCACUGACAUGUCCACGAUGUCACAAGCAAAGCAACACUUUCGAUCCAUUCCAUUGCAUAUCAGUGCAAUUACCUCAACUUUCUUUACAAUCUGUCAUCGUCAAUGUGCUGUAUGACAACAAAACACCGACACAAGUUAGGAUGGCGAUUGGCGUUCCGCAAGGUUCGUCAGUUCUUUCGUUACGUGAGAAAAUUCAUUUAGAAACUGACAUCGAUGAGAAGCGAAUGGUUUUAACGGAAGCAUCAACGACGGGAUUUGGAAGACUUUUCUGCGAUUCUCAUCCGUCGUCAAAUAUCGGAAAAGAUGAAAAUGUUUUAUGCAUUGAACUGCCAGAUAAAAUUGAAGAUUCACAAAUUGCGCUUUGCAUCAUGAAUGUUAAAGUCAAUGAGAAUGAUGAAAAGAAUUCAUUUGGUUCCGUGUUUUGUAUGAAGAUAAAUCGUGACGUUACAUUUAGCGAGUUUCAAAAAGCUCUGUUAAAGCAAAUGUCGGGAGUUUUAAAGCCUGAAGUCUUCAGUUAUGCAACACCAAUUAACGAAAUGUUCAAAAUUCAUUUGCAAGAGCCAUCAGCAGAUCCAGGAACAUAUUUGGAAGAGAAAUUUGAACAUCCAUUGUUGACAGACAUGAUUGACUUGGCGCUUUCAGUUCAGCCGACAGAUUCAGGUCCACUUCAUAUAAAAUUGUCAUUGGAAUGGCCGGAACCGGAGAAAUAUUUCAUCGACAUGGAAGAUCAUUUCGUUGAACAUGAAAGCAUCGCAGAGCUGAAAGAAAAAGCAUCUGAAAGCAAUGAAUUGUCACUUGAACAAUGUCUUGAUCAUUACACAAAAGCCGAGACUUUAAGUGCCGAAGAUGCUUGGCGUUGUCCGCAAUGUCAAAAAUAUUUGCCAGUUGUUAAGACUUUAGGACUUUGGUCACUCCCAGAUAUUCUUGUUAUUCAUUUUAAACGUUUUCGUCAGCAACAAUUCAAAGGAUCGCACGCAUCGAAAUUAACGACUAUGGUCAAUUUUCCACUCACUGGAUUUGAUUUAUCAACGUGGCAUUUAGCGAAUGGCAUCAAUGGAUCAUCGUCAGUGAACAGCACUUUAACACGUCGUUUAAAGCCAUCAAAAAUGGGAAGUUUAACGAAAACAAAUCUAAAUGAAGAUCAUCGUUAUGAUUUGUAUGCUGUUUGUUAUCAUCAAGGCGACACUUUAGAGACGGGGCAUUAUACGGCAGCUUGUAAGAAUCCAUACGAUCAACAAUGGUACAAGUUUGAUGAUCAACGAGUGUCAUUGAUAAAGAACGAAGAAGUGUCUGAAAAGAUCAUCAAUAAUGAAGCUUACAUGUUGUUUUAUCAGCGUCGGAAGAAUGGCGACAAUUGCGAUAGUUCUGGUGCAAGUACAAGUUCAUCUGAGCAUUGGGUAUCGAAGAUUGCACCAGCGCCAGUUGUCACAACAAAAUCUGCAACGAAAGUUUCAACUGACGAAGAAUCAUCCGAAGAUGAAUUUUCAGAAGUCAUACCAGCAGAUAACAAAGUCACAAUUCAAGUUGAGAUAUCGAGUUGUUCACCCUCACCUGAAAUUGCGAAAUUGACGUCACCUGUUCAUUUUAAAGAUAAGAAUUCGAAUGACGUUGUUAGCGAGAUUCAAAAGCGUUCUGAAGAGUCUGAUAAGAUUGAAGAAUUGAUGUCACAACAUACAAUCAAUAAUCUUUUGUGGAAUGAUGCAAAUAACAACAGCAACAGACAUAGCGAUGUUGGUGCAAUUACAAUUUCGGAUUUACUUUCAAUGGAUCGAAUUGAUGAAAUUUCUUCAACGUCACUGCCGAAGAAUUACAUGCUGCAAGAUUGUGAACCAAUUCCUCGUAGGAUUCGAGGUGUUAGCUCGUGCAGUAAAGACACAUUGCUUUACAUUGAUCAACAAGGAAUGCUAGAAGACGAGAGUUUGCUUGAAAAUCGAGCUCAUUGGAUAUCACCAGUUACACCUCAUAAGCUCAUAACAGUCUCGCCGAAAAAUUAAAUGUUUUUAAGAAUUUAUGACGAAGUUUUAAGAUUAUUUAAGGUGACUAUACAAUUUAAAAGAAGAUGAAGAAAACUUUUAGAAUUCCCUCGAUUUAAUUAAAUAAGUUUUAACGAGAAAAAUCUACAAACAUUAAAGAGUCUUUAAAAGAAGAAAACUUUUCACAUUCUACCAGAAUUUCUUUCAAUAAAUAAAAAUAUUUACCUAAUAAAUAAAAUGAACGUCUGAAAAUAAAUAAAAAAUUUUAAAAUUUAAAUCAAAUCGGAAAAAAUACAUACGAAAAAUAUUUAAGUAGCAAAAAAAGGAAAAAUUAAUAAAAAUUUUAAUGAUGAAGAAAUUGAUAUUUUACAAAAUUAUUAUCUAAUUGACUUUUAAAAAAUGGCAAAAUUUGUUAUGAAAGUUUAUAUAUUUUAUAAAGAAAAAAAAAGAUACUAGCUAGUGAUGCUAUCGGAAAAAUAUGUAACUUUGAUUAAGUAAGGAAAACAAAACAAUAGAUUUUAAUUGUGAUAACGUUCCUCUAAGUCAUCGCAAUGAAGAAAACAAGAAAGAAGUUGAACAAGGAAAACUCUUUUAAUCUUUUACAGUUUAUUUACAUGAAUCUUAGGUUAGAUUUGUAUACAGAAGACAGAAAUCAAUUUUAGAAUGCGUUGCGUUAGCGAUUAAAGAAAAUAAAGAAAGCUGUAAGUUUGUUUGUAUACCGUCUUUUACCGAAAGUGAGACAAAGUGUUACAUUAAAUUAAAAGACAAUAUCCGGUAUUAAACACAGAAAUGAAAACUUUACAAAAAUUCCGAAAUUCGUUCAAUUGAAUUUUAAUUAAUGUAAUGCAAAAGUCAUCUUUCUGGUCGAAGACGGUACUAGGAAUACGAAAAGAAAUGAAGUAUUUCAUUAUUCAUCAUAACGCCUCAUUAGAUUUACAUUCCUUUGAUUUAUCUUGCGAUAACAAAGCAUUAGUUACCAAUCGGUACACGACAACCGUGACCUGAAUUUUAUUUUAUUAUUAUUUUCAUUAUUUUUCUUUUCUAUGAGCAAGAAAAAAAACGAAAAUUGAUUGUAUCGUAGAUAGAAUUCAAAGAAUUUUAAUAUUUCUUUAUGAAAAAAAUAGUAAAAUCAGACAAUUAUAUUUGCCCACGCACUUUUAGUUUUAGGUUCAUAAGCUUAUUCAGAAAGCACUAAGUAUCAUGGGAAUAUAUUUAUUUUACUAUGUAUGAUCGCCCAUAAGUAUAGUUUGGAGCAUAUUUGGUAAAGAAAUGUAAUUAAGGUGAUUUAAAACAAAGAAAUAAAGGUUUAGCAAUAAAAAGUUGUCUGACUUUUGAUCUUUUUUAAUUUCCUUAGAGACUCCUACCUGUUAAUUCUUCCGUUUGACUUUAAGAUCUCAUUUGAUCUUAAAAGUUUCAUGACAGCAAAACUUUUAACAUAAU